AUGAUAGCUUUAUCACUAUUAUCAUCUUGUUUACCUAUCAAAUGUUUAGGUGGUAAGUCUAUAAAUUUUAUUUUUUUUUGUAAACAGAAGCAAGAAAUUGGACGUAUUUUACAAAAUAACCUUUUUAGGUAACCAAUUUCAUGGAAAACAAGCAGUGUCAAAAGUAAAAUGCCCAAAGAAAGUGGAAUAUUGCCUAAAAUAUAGUGAUCAGAAACAUGUCGAUUGGUUUUUGUGAGUCAUAUUUAUUAAUAAUAUAGCUAGCGCUAGUAUCAAAGUAGAGUAGGGAAGGGUAUGAUAACGGUAAUGUAUCUCAGGACCAAUUAGAGUACGGCAAAAUAAGUCAAGGUAACGUAGGGUUGAGUAGGGUAGAGUAAGAAAAACUAUAGUAGGGUAAGGCAGAGUAAGACGGGGUAGGUUAGGGUAGGGUAGAAUGGGACAGGGUAAGAUAGGGUAGGGUACAGUGGGGUAUAGAAGGGUAGAGUAGAGUACAUUAGAGCAGGACAGGUCAAACCAAGACAAAGCAAGGCAUGACAGAGUAAGAUAAGGCAGGGUAGAGCAAAGCAAGGCAGAGCAGGGCACGGUAGGGAUAAAUAAGUGUGGGUAAAGUAGAAUACAGUAGGGUAAGAUAAGGUAGAGUACGGUAGGGUACUGUAGGGUAGGGUGGGUAGGGUAGGGUAGGGUAAGGUAGGGUAGGGUAGGGUAGGGUAGGGUAGGGUAGGGUAGGGUAGGGUAGGGUAGGGUAAAGCUGUAGAGCUACUUUAAGUACUAAAUCUCGUAUUUUAGAAUGUGUGAUUACGGAGAGUUUUGUUCGAACAAAACGAAACAACUACCACAAUUCACUUACAUCUGCUGUAAUAUGGACUACUGUAACAACUCGUCCUCUACUUUAUAUUACUCUCUAGCAUUUUUGCUCUUGCCAUUGAUACAAAUUUUGGUAUUUUAA